AUGAAACUGUUGGCCGCAUUCGGCCUUCUGGCCCUGGCCCUUGCCUCUUGGCAACCAGCCGACCGUCUCUACGAUGGCCCCGAGAAGGCCUUCCGCGUCGGAAAGAGCUACACCUUCAACUACCAGGGACAGAUUGCCCAUGGCUUGCCCGUCAAGGGAUCUUCCUCCCACUCGAUCCAGCACGGCAAGUCCAAGGUCAUCGUGACCGUUGGAGACAAAUACUGGACCCUCCGCAUGGACGACAUCCGCCUCUCGCACGGACAGCGCAAGAUCGAGGAGCCCCGCGUCUUCGACAACAUGAUCUCCCUCGAGGAGUCUGAGCUGUCGGAGGAGAAGCGCGAGAUUCUCUCCCUCCCCGUCCGCUUCCGCGUCCACAACGGAAUCAUCUCCGAGCUCCACUUCUCCGAGCGCGACAACACCUGGUCCGAGAACCUGAAGCGCGGACUCGUCCAGAUGCUCCAGAUCAAGUUCUCCCCCAAGACCCAGGAGUUCAACGAUGUCACCGAGACCGAGAACAAGUUCUUCACCCAGCCCGAGCGCAUGCUCGAGGGAGAGUGCGAGGUCUCCUACUCUGUCGUCGAGGGCCUGAAGCGCGAGGAGAAGGAGGUCACCAAGGCCGUCAACUUCGACAAGUGCACCAAGCGCGCCGACUUCCGUUACGGAUUCCGUUUCACCUCUGAGUGCACCACCUGCGAGUCCCAGGACUCUCGCCCCGAGUCGCAGACCAUCUACAACUACAAGGUUGUCGGUGACGAGAAGGAGUACCUGAUCAAGGAGGUCUCCGUCAAGUCUGAGUACGCCUUCGCCCCGCUCGCCAAGGAGGAGGAGGCUCUGGCCACCUACAUGCACACCAUCAUGCGCCUCAUCAAGGUCGAGGAGGCCGAGCGUCAGUCCGAGCCCAAGUGGGGACCCAAGUCCUCCCUGCUCUACAACCACGAGGAGGAGAUGGCCCGCGAGCAGUUCUGGAUGAACGGUGACGAGGAGAGCUGGAAGCUCGCCAAGUUCGACAAGAUCCCCAAGAUCGAGCUCGUCGAGAAGUACAUCUCACAGCUGAUCAACUCGAUCGAGGAGUCCGAGAAGGAUGGAGUCAAGCUCGAGUCCACCCACUACAUGGCCCGCAUCGCUAUUGUCCUGCGCAUGUGCAACCGCGCCGAGAUGAUGGAGGUCCACGAGAAGGUUUGCGAGAGCAACAAGUUCGGCAAGAACCAGAAGAAGGUCAACGAGAUCAUGGCUGACUGCCUUGCCAUCGCCGGCACCAAGGUCACCGUCGAGCACCUCGUCGAGAAGAUCGAGAAGAAGCAGAUCUCUCCCCUGAAGGCUUCCCUCACUCUCAAGUCCCUCGUCAACGCCCCCGUCUCCUCGGAGAAGAUCGUCGACGCCGUCCUCCGCCUCGGCAAGUCCAAGCAGAUGCGUGACGAGCCCGUCCUCCGCCAAUCCGCCAUGCUCACCGCCGGAGCCCUGAUGAACACCCUGUGCGGCCGCAACACCGAGCAGUGGGCCAUCGAGCUGGAGGGAGAGCGCCGCUGCACCCGCGAGCAGAAGACCCAAUGGCUGGCCACCCUCAAGAACCUGUACACCGAGUCGUCCUCCAAGUACGAGAAGGUGCUCGUUCUGAAGACCCUCGCUAACUCUGGCAUGGACGUCGCCGUCCACUUCAUCCAGGACAUCAUCUACAACAAGUCUGAGGAGCCCGUCAUCCGCUCUUCCGCCAUUGAUGCCCUCCGCAUGCUGCGUGAGGAGAUGCCCCGCAAGAUCCAGUCGAUCCUCCUUCCCCUGUUCAAGGCCCGCCGUGAGCCCCUUGCUCUCCGCAUGUCCGCCGUCUACCAGCUGAUCCACUCCCGCCCUGCUCUCCCCAUCCUCGAGCAGAUCGUUGACACCCUCAACCGCGAGCACAACCACCAGCUCCGCUCUUUCUGCUACUCCCUGAUGAACUCCUUCACCGAGUCCCAGAACCCCUGCGAGAAGAAGAUGUCCGAGGACCUGACCGUUGCUCUCCGCAACCUCCGCUUCCGCCCCACCCUCGAGUCCCGCUACGUUCGCGCCUCCGCCUUCUGGCGCAAGCUCGACCUUGGCCUCUCCUUCGACAUGGCCUCCAUCUUCACCAACGAGUCCAUCCUCCCCACCGAGCUCCUCGCCAACUUUGACUCGCUCUUCGCCGGCCAGUGGAACAAGCACCUCGGCCAGCUCGGACUCACCCAGCAGAACCUCGACCGUGUCCUCUACCAGCUGAUCAACAAGUACGGAAAGUCCUUCGAGGAGUCCUCUGAGGUUGUCACCCGUGGCCAGCGCUCCUCCAAGAUCAACAACAUCCUCAAAGAGCUCGCCUCCGAGAUGAAGAUUGUCUCCCGCCGCGCUGAGCGUGAUGCCGAGCCUUUCGGUAUGCUGUACCUCCGCUACAAGAACCUCGACUACGCCGUCGUCCCCGUUGAGGAGAAGCUGAUCGAUGAGAUCACCCGCAACGGUGUCUCCUCCAUGGCUGACCUCAUCCGUGACCUCGCCCGCGGAAUCCGCUUCGACGUCUCCGUUGCCUCGUUCCUGUAUGAGCGCACCCGCACCGUCGUCUCCCACACCGGUCUCCCCACCCACAUCACCCAGAAGAUGCCCACUAUCGCCACCAUCAAGGGAGAGAUCAAGUUCGAGAUGUCCACCCGCCCGACCCUCGUCCUGAAGGCUGAGCCCUCGGUUGCUUCGACCCACGUCACCGAGAUGGUCACCAUCCACCCCAGCAAGCACACCGGAGCCCGCCUUCUCCACUCCGUCCAGGCUACCCUUCCCAUCGACAUGUCUCUGACCUACGACUACGAGCGCGAGCAGCUCAAGGCUAGCUUCCGCACCCCCAAAGAGCAGAAGCGCGUUCUCCUCGUCGAGACCCGCCCCCUCAACUUCAUCCGCACCUUCUCCCAGCGUUAUUCUCCUCUUGUCUCUGAGAAGACCAUGACCGUCCCCCGUCUCCAGCGCUCUUCCGUCCACUACGAGCGCGAGUUCGGCCGUGAGCUGACUGGCUUCAACGUUGAGGUCUUCGGAACCGUCCACCGCCGCGCCGCUGAGGAGCAGGUCAACGCCCUGCUCUACGGUGAGAACCACGUCCAGGUCAUCGUUGUCCCGACUGAGGAGGCCACCAAGGAGAUCGUUUUCGAGAUUGAGCCCAAGUGGAACGCCGAGAAGAAGAACUUCGAGGGACCCACCUACGAUCAAGAGUUCGAGUCCAAGGACUUCCGCAUGGAGGACUCCGAGGAGGACAACCUCUACGAGCCCGAGAACAAGCGCUCUGCCCGCCACCAGGAGACCCGCAAGUACUACCAGGAGAAGCCCACCGACAAGACCAAGGAGGGCCGCAUGCUCGUCAAGGUCUACACCGUUGGAGGACCCAAGGAGCUGAAGGGACAGAUGGAGUUCAUCGGACAGUGCGACCGUGAGGUCAAGCAGUGCCGCCUCGAGAUCAUCGCCAAGCGCUCCCCCCUCACCGAGGAGGAGACCCGCGAGUGGGAAAUGAACUGCAAGGUCGAGAUCGUCAUGCCCAAGGGACCCAAGUCUAUCCGCGAACUGCGUGAGCAGAAGCACCGCGAGAUCCAGGCCACCAUCAACCUCCGCUGGGGAGCCAACGAGAAGAACACCAUCCAGCUCCGCGUCCAGGCCGAGCAGGACCGUGAGAUGCAGAAGCUCGUCCGUGGCAUCAUCGUCCGCGAGGAGAAGGAGGAGAAGGAGGGACUCGAGCAGCUCGAGGUCCUCAAGGAGGCCGCCCGCCUGAACAAGGUCUCCAUCCUCAUCAACCACGAUCUGUCCAAGAAGAACGAGAAGCUCUUCGAGCAACGCUACUCCCUGAUCAAGGCCAACUACUACCUCCAGUCGUCUGUCGAGCAGGUCCGCCGCAACAAGGGAUCCAUCCUUGUCAAGCUGACCGUCGAGCCCAAGGAGUGCCGUCGUGUCAACCUGACCCUUGAGACCUCUGAGGAGCGUCUCACCGUCGAGUCUCUGAAGACCCCGAUCCGCCUCCCCCUCCCCACCAUCUUCAAGUCGUCGUCCAUCAACGUCUUCAACAAGAUCGUCCGUGCCACCAAGACCGCCACCUGCGAGGUCCGCUCCAACAAGGUCUCCACCUUUGACCGCGUCACCUACAAGGCCCCGAUGACCAACUGCUACACCGUUCUGGCCAAGGACUGCUCUGAGGAGCCCGAGUACGCCGUUCUCAUGAAGACCGUCCGCAAGAACUCUGAGGAGAAGCAGAUCAAGAUCGUCCGCCUCAACAAGGAGAUCGAGGUUGAGCUGAAGGAGGACGAGCUUAUCGUCAAGGUCGAUGGCCGCCGUGUCCGUGAUGAGGAGCUCCUCCGCGAGUCCGGAAUCGAGAUGAUCGGCGAGCGCUCGGUCGAGAUCACCCUGCCCAAGAUCACCGUCCGUUUCGAUGGCUACAAGUGCGAGGUCAAGGCCGACAAGCGCACCGAGAACAAGCAGUGCGGCAUGUGCGGACACUUUGACGGAAACCGCGACAACGAGUUCCGCCGCGCCGACAACCAGGAGACCGAUGACAUCGAGGAGUUCCACCGCUCUUGGCUGCGCAAGGACUCUGAGUGCGAGAUGGAGGAGAACAAGCUGAAGGAGAAGAAGAACUACGGCAUGGAGGAGCGUGAGGAGAAGAACUACGAGACCGAGUCGUCCGAGGAGGACUACGAGCGCGUCAAGGUCGUCAAGAAGGCCCACCAGAACAUCCAGUACCGCGAUGAGGACAACGAGACCUAUGAGCCCGAGCGCAAGACCAUGAUCCUUGAGCGCGAGUCCAAGACCUGCUUCUCCUCCGAGCCCGUCAACCAGUGCCGUCCCGAUGAUGAAGCUGUUGAGAAGAAGGAGAAGAAGAUCCGCUUCUCGUGCCUGCCCCGCAACGACCGUGAGGCCAAGGAGAUGCGCGAGCAGAUCAAGCGCGGAAAGGACGUCACCGACAAGGUUGAGGAGCUGAAGGUUUCCUUCUCCGAGACCAUCCGCGUCCCCACCCUCUGCCGCGUCUAC